AAAUGGAGGGCGUCGCCAAAGCCAAAGGCCUGCUUCUCAACGGCUCUCUCACUCGCAUUGUCUCGCCGCUGCUUCUUCUUCUUCUUCUUCUUCUUCUUUUUCGUCAUCAUGGCCAAGUCCCCCCGGCGCCUCAUCGUGGCAUUGCCGCCCCUCUCUCAGCUCUGUACAGGCUCCACAUUGUUGGGUCUAGUCCUUAGGUGGUGGGCAUUGGGAACGUGUUCCUUUGUGGAGUGCUGUGUCAUGUUGGAUUCGGAAGCUGGUGGUGAACGAGGCUUAUGAGUUUGGAGUCGGUUGAGGAAUUGGGUUAUGGACCUGAUGUGGGGACAAGGGCCGAGAUACUGCUUCAUGCUUCGGCCUCUCGGGAUUUGAUAACUCAUUGUCUUGGAAUGACCUUCCCCUUGUAGUUCCUGCGGUGGCUGCUGGAGGUUGGGAUUGAAUUUCUGCCGCAAUUGAAUCAGAUUCGUCAGGCGCCGCAGCAUCGAUGAUGUCUCCCAAGCCGAAGGAGAAAAGGGUGCAAUGCAAUGCGGGUGGGAACACGCCCACUGGCAAGGGCAAGCCAAUGCAGCCUCUCAUGGAUAGACAGACGUCCCGUACUGGAAGUCACCCUGUGGAGGUUGUGGGGCGAAUCCGUGAACACCCAGAAGGUUUUGACAAGGAGAGCGCGAUUCGGGUUCUGCCACAUUCGCGCGUUGCAGUGCGUUCAGAAGGAAUAGGCAAUGGAUUCCGCGAGUUCUCCCUCGACGGCGUAUCUCUUGCAGCUGUGGAGAAUUUGCAAACCUUUUAUGGACGUUACGUAGAACCUCGUGUCGAGGACGUGAAGGCUGGUGGACGUUGCACGAUUAUGAUGUACGGGCCAACAGGUGCCGGGAAAAGUUACACCAUGUUUGGUGCUGCUCAUGAGAAGGGUGUGGCGUAUCAUGCCUUGUCGCAGCUCAUGACCCAUGAAGCAUCUCACGAUGAUGAUGAUAUUUCAGACAAAAGCAUAGAGGUCCGGGCGACUGUGUGGGAGAUAUACAAUGAGGAAAUUUACGAUUUACUGGCAGGAGUCAGCGCUCCGAAAUCAGGGUUUGGGACGUUGUUCAAGAUGAGUGGGAGUAGCGGGGGACGGGUGAAAUUGGAAGUCAUGGGGAAGAAAGUGAAGACAUGCAUUUCGAUAUCGGGCACUGACCCCCAGAAGCUUCUGAAAGAGAUUUCGAAAGUAGAGGGGCGGCGGGUGGUGAAAAGCACCAACUGCAAUGAUCGAAGCUCCCGUAGUCACUGCAUGGUCACACUUGAUGUACCCGAAGUUGGCGGCAAGCUAGUUCUUGUGGAUAUGGCAGGCUCUGAAAACGUGGAACAAGCAGGUUUGGGGAGAGAACUUAAGAUGCAGACAGGAAAAAUUAACCAAGGCAAUGGAGCUCUCAAGAGAGUCGUGGAAGCCAUUGCUAACGGAGACUCAUACAUUCCCUACCGUGAUAGCAAACUUACUAUGCUUCUGCAAGAUUCCUUUGAGGACGACAGAGCUAAGAUUCUGAUGAUUCUUUGUGCAAGCCCCGACAUCAGGGAUCUCCACAAGACCAUUUGCACCUUGGAGUAUGGGGCGAAAGCUAAGUGCAUCGUCCGUCUGUCCAACUCUCCUAGCAAAAGUCGAAUAUCUGCUGCAGGGGUUGAGCAAGUGCAAAUCCUCGAAGCUCGCCUUACCAAGAAGGAUGCAUACAUUGAGAAUCUACGCAAGCAGAAGGAAGAGAGGGAGAAGGAGUUGGAAUCCAAGGACAAAGAACUGGCUGAGCUCAGAGAGGAGGCGAAGAGAUGGAACUCUGAGAAAGAGCCACAGAGGAAAAGAAAAGGCCUUCAUGAUGGGGAUACCGAGGACUUGAAUAGUUCACCUACCAGAAAGCAGAAAAUCGAGGAGCUCACAGCCCUGGUCUUGCAGCAGCAAAGAGAGAUAGACUUGAUGAGGAUACGAGCUGAGAAGGCCGAAGCAGAACUCUUGCACAUCCAACGAUCAUAUAAUCUCAACAGCAACGCCCGCGUUGGGCAUACCCGUGUGGAGAAUUCGGAUUCUAAAGAGGGAGUUGGCGUUGAGGAUUUGAAUAAGCGCGUUCCAUCCUUAACCCACGGAUCUGCCAUCAGCAAUCAGAGGUUUCAAGACAUUCAAAAGCUGAUGAAUGAUCGUAUUUUAGCAGCGCAAGCUGAGAGUGAUCGAAUUAUAGCUCAGUACAGACCUGAGCAAGCUGUAGGAGAGAGAAGUGGACAGCGAAAUACUCAAUGCGACCUCAAAGUCAAGCCUUGUGGCAACAGCAGCGCCACGGAAAGUCAGAAGCAGGACCGUGACAAUGGUAGCACUUCUCCUUGUGAAGUAAUGUCUCUCACUUCGAAUUCCGCUAGUCUACUACUUUUAAAAAAUCUCGUUAAAGAGAAGGAAAGACGGCUAUCUCUGAGUGCCGAAGAAGAAACCCUACGCCCGGAAACAAAUGCAAUUAACCCAUCGGCUCCUGUGAGAGAGGAUCCCGAGUCCGACGACUGGAUGGGUGAGAAACUAUGCAGCAAAGGGUGGCUGCCCAUCAUUCCGGAAGAGGACGAACGAAUCGCUCAGUCCGUGGAAGUUACGAAGUCUGUUACUCCUCAAGGUUCUUCUGAUAAAGACCAUUCCAUGUUCUGGACUCAGGUGACCCCGGAUACCACAAAUCCAGCCAAUCAAGGGUCCAAGGAUGCGGGAUCCAACCUAUCCCUGACGUUCGCUUCUCCAGAAGAGCAGCUCAGUACAGCUAUUGCAAGCUACUUUAACAACAGUGGCCUCGAUGGGAGCCCACUGCUUCCUUGUGGAGGAUCCGGAUCUAGAGACGGCCCUUCAUCAAGAGACAACUUUGCUGCGGGGGUUAAGCUCUGUACAGCAUCAUCUGAAUUUGUUUUCGGAGUAUCGAAAGAGUGGGCUCAGGAAGAGGACCAGCAUGAUCAACGGUUGGCUGCCCAACCGGUUAAGGUGCCCAGUCUACUCACAGUACUCGCAGAACCAGCCCGAACUUGCAUUAAGAACCCAGUUGAAGAAGCUGGUUCAAUUGGCUCAAUGAGGUUACUUGACGAGAGUGGUGGCGAAGUUCUUGAUGUACCCCCUGUUGAGCCAGUGCUCUUGAAUUUGGGUACAGAUCUCUUUGAUGGCGGUCAGUCAGGGGGAAAUGAUGCAGAGGCUGCCAGAAGAGCAAGAAUUGAAACCAUUUUUAUGCUUUGUGGAGAAAAUCGAGAACGCGCUAGAAAGGCCAAUGUGCAUACGUUCGCCAAGGAAUCAGAAGAGGCUGUACCUGAAGUACUAUCUGGUAGGUAUAGUCUGACGUCUAGCUCAUACGGAUCUCAGCAUUUCGCUGAUAGCCAGCUGGAUCAGUCCGUGUCCGACUUCUCUACCUCACCCAGCUACUCCGAGGCCGCAUACUACACCGAUGUCAGCGUAAGCUCUCUGCCGUCCCUGAUGCCUACAGAGUCUCCUCAAAGGUUCCCUUCCUCCCGGAGGCCAACGCGUCGGAUGUCCUCCAGCAUAUUUGCAAAUGAGAAUUCUCAGCCAAAACCCGAGGAUGAGAAGAUCGAUGUGUACGUGAAAUGGGAGAAGUCAAGUGACCUAGCUGAUGGGAAGCUUAUCUGCAUCAUAAACGUACCCAAAACUUCCAGCCUUUCAGAACUUAGGGAGGAGAUUGAGGCCCACAUUCCUGUGUCCAAAAGGAACUUCAAGUUCCUCUUUCGUGGGGAAACUGGAGGUGCUCCCGUGGACCAAGAAUUUGAGAGCGACGUGCGUGUUGAAUCUUUGCCAGCAUCCCAUGACGACUACGGGAGCCGGCUUGCAUGGCUGCGUCCUCCUGCUAUCGACACCGACUUCGUUAAUCCCAGAGUUGAGUCAGCACCAUUUAGGUCGCUUGAGAACCAGCUUGAUAUAUCUGCUGAACAGGUAAAUGUUUCUAUGACUAAAUUUAAAGGAACUUCUCUGCCGUCUCAUGGACGAGCUGGUCCUCCAUUAGGACAUACCAAAGGGCUCAGGUCUCAGAAUGGGGAGACGGUGAAACCCAAGUCAGCUCUCGCACAUAUCGUCAACUCAACUCGUUGCAUCUAAACAUUCCAUCAGUUGUGCAACGUCCGAUCAAACCAUUCCGUAACCAUUGAAUUCUCUUCAGUCCUGCUGCAGUAUACUAAUUUUUCGUCUUAUAGUCUUAGAAACCUCCGAAUUUUUAUAAACCCCUUCAAGCGUCGCAUACGCUGGCCUCCAUCCCAACAUACUUCACCUGAGGAAUGUGCCUUCCCAAGCACAUGCAUCUACAACUGGCUAGCGUGGAGAAUAUUUCGCAGCCUCUUUGUAACAUAUUUACUCUAUUCAGACAAUAUAAAUAUCCUUGUCUGGAUAAUUGACAAACCAUGUGGAACA